GUCCUUUACCCAAAUUUUCUCUCAAUCUGAGAAAAUGAAUUAUAAAAAAAUUUAGAAAAUUUCUCUCUCUUUCUCUUUUUCUUUGCUGUCAUUUCCGAUAUCUCCGAUCUUUAAAAGUCCAUCCACCGUUAGAGAGAGAAAGAGAUUUAUAAAAUCAAAGCUAAAAAUAAGUUCGAGUUUACGUCGCUGUUAUAUUAGAAAUAAACGACGACGAUGAAGAACACAGAACGACUCGCCAAUUUCGCUUUAGCAGGGUUGACAUUGGCACCACUUUUUGUUAAGGUGGACCCUAACCUGAAUGUUAUUUUGACUGCAUGCCUUGCAGUAUAUGUGGGCUGCUAUCGAUCUGUCAAACCAACUCCACCAUUGGAGACAAUGUCUAGUGAGCAUGCUAUGCGUUUUCCCUUCAUUGGGAGUGCGAUGCUGUUAUCACUUUUCUUACUGUUCAAGUUCUUAUCGAAAGACUUGGUUAAUGCAGUGUUGACAUGCUAUUUCUUUGUGCUUGGAAUCAUUGCUCUUUCGGCAACAAUAUUACCUGCCAUAAAACGCUUCUUGCCUAAGCAUUGGAAUAAGGAUCUUAUCAUUUGGCAUUUUCCAUACUUUCGCUCUUUGGACAUUGAGUUCACAAGAUCUCAGAUUGUAGCUGCGAUCCCUGGAACUUUUUUCUGUGCAUGGUAUGCUUCACAGAAGCAUUGGCUGGCUAAUAACAUUUUGGGCCUUUCUUUUUGCAUUCAGGGAAUUGAAAUGCUUUCUCUUGGAUCUUUCAAGACUGGUGCCAUUCUCUUGGCUGGGCUUUUUGUAUAUGAUAUUUUCUGGGUUUUCUUCACUCCUGUGAUGGUUAGUGUUGCUCAGUCUUUCGAUGCUCCCAUAAAGCUUUUGUUCCCAACAGCAGACUCUGCACGACCAUUUUCUAUGCUUGGACUUGGAGACAUUGUAAUACCUGGUAUUUUUGUAGCACUGGCAUUAAGAUUCGAUGUUUCUAGGGGGAAAGAGAGCCAGUAUUUUAAGAGUGCAUUUUUGGGAUACACAGUCGGAUUGGUCCUUACAAUUCUUGUAAUGAACUGGUUUCACGCUGCACAGCCUGCACUUUUGUAUAUUGUACCGGGUGUUAUUGGAUUUUUGGCUGCUCACUGUUUGUGGAACGGGGAUGUCAAACCGUUAUUGGAGUUUGAAGAGUCAAAGACUGCAGUUACAGCUGAAGAAGGUAGUGAUGACAAAUCUAACUCGAAGGUGGAAUGAGUUAGAAGCCCACUUGGACACUGAAACUACUUUAGCUCAAGAAGGUAAUAGUGUUCACUUUAAGGUCAAAUCUUGGCUAACUUGUUCUACUGCAAUAGCAUUGUAAAAGAUUUUGGAAUUAAGUAAAGAUUACUUUCAUUUUACACAAUUUCAAUUUUCAUAGAUGUGCACAAUGUUUUUAGAACUAUAAACAUUUUGUUUUCGAAAUUUGGCUCUCUUUUCCCCCCCUUUUUUCCACUGCUAUAAAAGAAUCGGGUGAAUGGUUGUAUUGCCAGUCUGCAUUUCUUAUGUUCAUCACUGCUUUUCUGUUGUUUUAUCAAAGGCUGCUGAAUUCUUUUUCAUGGGUUCAUGCAAUGCAAAUUUUGCUGUUAACUUUCAUGAAAAGGUUUGAAUACUUUUAGUGCUCAACAUUCGACCUUUUUUUUUCUAUUCUUGUACGUAUAGGUGUUUUUAUAUUUAUUAGUAUGUCUCUAAGUUAGUAUAUGUUGAAUAAUAGAUUAUUAUAUGUAUUGUUAUGAGAAUUCAUUAUUUUCAACUAAUUUGUAU